GAAACGAAAGAGAAACAACGGAUAGACUAUUUGGAAAGUAACAGUCUCUUUGUCAGACAUUUGAUCAUUUUUUGAGACGCUACAGCUACACAUGAACGAUUUACAGAAUCGCACUUUUGAUCCUAAUCGGUACUAGAUUAACCAUGUCUAGGUGAAAAAGCAGGCUAGCGUUUUGCUCACAAAUAGAGUCGUUUGUGGAAAGACUGGGUCGAGCGACUUUCACACAACUGAUUAUGGAGAAAGCAUGGGUUCUGGCUACCACAUUUGGAACAAAAUGGGGCAUCUAUCUAUGUUUUGCCCCUCUUAUCGAGAAACAUUUCACUGUAAUACCAUACGAUAAAUUCGUGAUGAGGAAAGAGGACUUCGCUGACAAAAUCCAGGCAGUGAUGGUGUGGGGUGUUAAUAUAAAGGUUGACCAUGAUCUGUUACAGUCCUUACCUAACCUCAAAAUUGUAGUGAAUGGUGGGGUAGGAGUGGAUCAUCUUGAUAUUCCUCUUAUCAAUAGCUUUGGAGUGAAAGUUUCCAACACCCCUCAUGUGGUGGAUAAUGCAACAGCUGAUAUUGGAAUGGGUUUGAUGUUAGCAUCUGCACGAAAUAUUGUCAAGGGUCACAACUAUUCUAAGUUUCGGGAAUCUGAAGAUUUGCCAGAAGCUUAUUUGGGCUGCGAUGUCAGUGGAGCCACCCUUGGCAUCAUUGGCAUGGGUAGAAUUGGAUACAAAGUAGCCAAGAGAGCUCAAGGGUUUGAGAUGAAAAUCCUUUACUACAAUAGGAAUCGACGGCUGGAGAGUGAAGAAAAAGCAGUUGGGGCCACAUAUUGUAAAAGUAUGGAAGAGCUGCUACAGAGGUCGGACUUCGUCAUGGUGGUAGUCAAUCUCUCCCCUCAGACACACAAACUGAUUGGUGCAAAAGAGCUUUCAAUGAUGAAACCCAGUGCCAUCCUUAUCAACAUCAGCAGAGGUUUAGUAGUGGACCAAGAUGCUUUAGUGGAUGCUCUCCAAAAGAAAGUAAUACGAGCUGCAGCUUUAGAUGUCACCUAUCCAGAACCACUGCCCAGGGACCAUCCCCUGCUGUCCUGUCCAAAUGUUAUCAUCCUGCCCCACCUGGGAACCCACACUUUGGAAACGUCUAAGGUUAUGGUGGAGAGGAUGGUGACCAAUGCCUUGGCUGCGCUAGCUGGAGACCAGCCUCCUGAUGAAGUCAAGGCAUAAGGCCAGAUCACAGAGCCAUCUGUCUCUCCUUUCUUUUAACCCAGCUAAACACAAAAACUACUGAUUAGAUGUUAAUUUAAUUAUAUUGUAAAACUGUAAAAACACAGGAGAUGUGAUUAUGUUUGUGUAUGAUUCACAACUUGAAUAACAAAAAGGCUUUUUUUAUUAUAUUAUGUGUUAUUAAAGCGUUGUGUAACACUUCUGUUCCUGCUGUUCAGAAAAUGUAAUCAUCCUGCCACAAAAACAUUACAUCAAUGAACUUUACAGUAAAUAAAACAAAGUGUUUAUAAUUCA